CAGACCAAAACAAAUGAGCACAAAGCUUGAAAUAAAAAACAAAAAUAAACCUGUUUGUAACCCAAAAACAUUGGUCCACUGAAGCAAAGGCGCGCGCCAAGAACCUUGAAUAGCGAUUGUUGAUGUUACAAAUAACACGAAGUCAAAACCAAUUGAUAAGUCAACUGAAUAAGUCACAUUCGCAGCCGCAGUCGUCGUCGCCGUCGUCGUCGCUCACGAAGAGAGUUUUGUUUUGUUGUCGUCAGGCAGUGCUACAUAACGGAAGUGUUUUAUUUUGCCCUCGCAUCUUGCUCAUUAAAAACUUAUUAGAAUAGGGUUUUCUGACAUAAACUCUAGCUGCUUUAGACACAUGUACAUGUUUCCAGAUUCAGGCAAUUAAUUUUACUAAUAGUUACUGUGAUAUAUUCAAUUUCACAUAAGAGAAACAUUCAUACCCUGCACUCAAAUCGAGCCAUUUUCAUUUAGCGAGGCGAGAGUAGCGCAAGACAGCUAAUACGUAAUACGUAAUCAGUAACGACUGCGGAGGCGUGGGUGCUGCGGAAAGAACGAGAAAAGACGCAAGACUCUUGAGCAAUAAUGGUUUCAUAUUUUGUGCCGCGCGGUCGUUUUCUGCUAAAGGCGGGAAACAUUAGGAAGGCCAUACAGGAGCAGCAGCAGCCAAAGCAAGUGCUGCAUAACGGAAACUGGCCUGUGCUCCGGCACUUUCGACAAUUGCCCGCAAAUGCCGCCUCCAAUGAGUCGAUAAUUUCGAAGCCGAAGCAACAGCAAGCCAAAAAACAGACGCAACUACAAUUACGACAAAAUGCGCUCGCACGGUGGACAGGAUUCCUAUUGCGCUGGGCACCCAUGGGCUUGUGUGUCUUCGGUGCGAUCGAAUGGCAGUUUCAUAAAUUUCGAUGCGGACGUAACGGUACCCAACGCACCGCUUCAGAGUUCCAGUCGCGGGUCUACUGCUCACUCCCAUUACGCAUUAUCAGCCGCUGCUGGGGCUGGUUGGCCGCAUGCUACAUGCCCCAUACUCUGCGCCCUUAUAUAUACGGUUGGUACUCAAACAUGUUUAAUGUAAACAUUGACGAGGCUUUGUAUCCCGAUUUUAAUCACUACGCCAGCCUGGCUGAGUUUUUCACACGCCCACUCAAAGAAGGCGCGCGCAUCAUCGAUGAUAAGUCACCGCUGGUCUCUCCGGCCGACGGGAAGGUUCUGCACUUCGGUAGCGCUGCAGACUCACUAAUCGAGCAGGUGAAGGGCGUCAAUUACAGCAUCGAAGAUUUCUUAGGACCACUGCAGACGGUCGAGCAAUCGAACGAGCCAAUCAGCUAUGCUCAGGCCUUAAAAAAGAAGCGCGACGGCUCAACGGAACUGUAUCAAUGUGUUAUCUACUUGGCCCCGGGAGAUUAUCAUCGAUUUCAUUCACCGGCUGCCUGGGAACCGACAGUGCGACGUCAUUUCUCAGGCGAGCUGUUAUCGGUCAGUCCCAAAGUGGCCAACUGGUUGCCUGGGCUAUUCUGCCUGAAUGAGCGUGUGCUAUAUAUGGGUAAAUGGAAGCACGGCUUCUUUAGCUACACAGCCGUGGGUGCCACCAAUGUGGGUUCUGUGGAGAUUUAUAUGGAUUCUGACCUAAAAACCAAUCGCUGGACGGGCUUCAAUGUGGGUGCUCAUCCACCAAGCACAUACGAAUACGACGAACUCCAUUUAGAUGCGAAAAAGCCCGAUCAGCCAGGCCAAAAGUUCUCCAAGGGCGACCUCAUCGGACAAUUCAAUAUGGGCAGUACCAUUGUGCUCCUCUUCGAAGCGCCAAAGACCUUCAAGUUCGAUAUUGUGGCUGGUCAACAGAUAAAAGUAGGUCAAUCUCUUGGACACAUUGCAGACCGCAAAUGAUUGAACAGAAAUAUAUGCUAAAGAGACCAUAAUUGUAUAAUGUGUCUGUAUACCUAAGUAGUCUAUGUUACUAGACACGUCCUAAUAGCACAUACUAAGACAGUAAAUCGUUGAAUUUUAUUAUGAACAAUGUUCUAAACUUUUAUGUAAGCAUUAAGAUCAAGCAUUAUGUACCUAUUUGUAUUUAGUUACUGAUGAUUUAUAUAGCUGCGCUUUUUUACGCCAUAUUCAUAGCUAGUUGUAUUUGCGAUUUCAUUAGUUUUAAGUGCCCA